CAGACUGAACAGUAGUAUCAUCGCGAACAAGAAACAUGUUGGCAUACUUAUUACUUGGGCUUAUUGCGACGGUCAGCGCAGCGCCGCACAAGGAAAUAAACAAAGACGAUGAUGAUCAGACUCUGAAAAACUUCAUAACAAACAAAUUUAACAAAAUAGAAGCAGAGAGCCGCGAUUUUUGGCAGCAAUAUGAAAGGGAAAUGAAAACUUUUGAGGACAAAAUGAAUGCACUGUCUCGGCAUUUCCCGAAUCCGAUCUUGGCGGAAGGAUUUGAUGGUGAUAAAUAUGUUAUAAAAGUAUCUCUACAUGGAUUUGAGGAGGAUGACAUUUUAGUACAAACGAAGAAGACAGCUGUAGUAAUUGAAGCUCACCACUCAAAUGGUAACUCGAAGAACAACUUCUUCAACGUAAGAACUCUGCCAAGCGAGGUAAAGUCUGGUUUUUGGACGUAUGAAGAUGACAUUUUAACUGUGGAGUGUGAGCUAGAAUAGACCUAACCUACUUCUGAAUAUAUAAAAUUAUUAGAUAUCAUUUUUUCAAGUAUAGUUCUUUCGUAGUAAGUAUUGCCUAGGAUUUUUUUUAUUUUACCAUAGUUUGUGUGUUAAUGUGAUUAAAUUCAAAUUGAGCAUAUUGUUUCUAAAUUUAUAUACAUGAAGUCAUUAAUUGUUUUGUUCGCGAAUAUAAGUAUAGUAUGUAAUUUUAUUAUGUAUUAUUGAAUAUGUAAUAAUAAACAUUAAAUUAUACAUUUGAAUGCUAGUAUAAUAUGGAUGCGUCUUUUACAUUCAUUCAUUAGUAUUUUAUGCAAAUACAGGAUCUAUUUUAUUUUAUUAAAUAAU